AUGUUUUUGCCUUAUGGAGAAGAAAAGAAGAAAAAGAGAAAAGAACGAGAGAAAAGAAAGAACGAGAGAAAAGAAAGAACGAGAGAAAAGAAAGAACGAGAGAAAAGAAAGAACGAGAGAAAAGAAAGAACGAGAGAAAAGAAAGAACGAGAGAAAAGAAAGAACGAGAGAAAAGAAAGAACGAGAGAAAAGAAAGAACGAGAGAAAAGAAAGAACGAGAGAAAAGAAAGAACGAGAGAAAAGAAAGAACGAGAGAAAAGAAAGAACGAGAGAAAAGAAAGAACGAGAGAAAAGAAAGAACGAGAGAAAAGAAAGAACGAGAGAAAAGAAAGAACGAGAGAAAAGAAAGAACGAGAGAAAAGAAAGAACGAGAGAAAAGAAAGAACGAGAGAAAAGAAAGAACGAGAGAAAAGAAAGAACGAGAGAAAAGAAAGAACGAGAGAAAAGAAAGAACGAGAGAAAAGAAAGAACGAGAGAAAAGAAAGAAAGAGAGAAAAGAAAGAAAGAGAGAAAAGAAAGAAAGAGAGAAAAGAAAGAAAGAGAGAAAAGAAAGAAAAAGAGAAAAGAAAGAAAAAGAGAAAAAUUGGUGAAAGAAAUGAAAAAGGAGAUGCUCUAGGUACAAUGGCAUGGAUUUGCACAUACAAACCAUGA